GUAAAUCGGACCUGAAGUCAAGGGAAAGUUGCUGUCCAGAAUUUUGAAUAUGUCGAUGAACACGAUUCCGACGAUUAACUCACUAACUUCAACAUUCCAAUGCCGAACCUUCUCUACGAUACCUUCCGGAUGUUCCUAAUAAUUGUUAGAGAGUUUAUGUAAAGUGUAUUUUAUUGCAUUUAAUUUAUUUUUUAAAAUAAAAUUUUACAUUACUUAUUAAAUAAAAUUUUAUCUUCAAUAAAUGUUUAAAAUAAAAUUUAUUAUUUUUGUCAUUUUAAAUGGUCUUUUUUUAAUAAAAAAAUCAAGGGCUCUGCCCAUAUCCCCCAUCUACCAAACUAUCCGCCACUGCCCUAACCUCAAGUGCCCAGUAUCCACUGCGACCAGGAACUUUGCGCUUUGAUUGUCUUUCCAUUCGCAUUUGGGAGAAUCCGUCGUAGUUCUGGAAAGGAGAAAUUGUCUUGCUCUCUUCCCCAGUGUUUCGAUCAGUGUUUUAAUUUGUAUGCCUCUGAAUAAUUUAUAUUUGUGCUUUUUGCUUCUCUAAUUUCUGUUAUAACUGCGAUUUUGAUUCAGUUUUCUUUGGAUUCGACAUUUGAAAUCCUUCAUGUUCUGUAGUAAGAGUUUGCAAGUAUAUUAUCGUAAUUAUUAUUCCUUUUAAUAAAGAUUUCUUAUCUUAUCUUAUGAUUUCCAUUGCGUCGUUGAGAAAUUGUAUGAAAUUUUGUUUCAAUAGAUUAUUUUGAGUAAACUUGUGGGCUUGUAUUGAGGAUGGCUUUUCUUUUUUCCUUUCGCUGAGAUAUCUUAUUGUAGAAAUUUGGCAGUGUUCGAUACUGUUUUCUUUUACUCUCUGAUUUCUAGUCAGUAUUCUGUUGAACCCGAGAUUGAUGGGUACCCUCAUUUAGAUGUCUCAUCUGUAGCAGAGGUGGUGUGCAGUUUGGGAGACAACAAUUCUGGCUUGUUCUUGGUUACUUUUAAGCUGAUAAAAGUUGUGUGUGUAGUUAUUGCAAAGUUGCACCUAAUUGGGUGGUGUUGGGGCUGGUAUAUCCGAGGUACUCGACCCUGGUUCCAAGUAAAUGGGAUUCAUAGUUAGUUAAGAGUACAUUUAUUUGUGCCAUAAAUUUAGCAUUGUUUCUGCCUUAUAUCAUACAGUAUACAUAAUGUUUCUUUCUAAGAUAUGUCAUUUCAAUUACUAAUGCUGUUUCUUUUUUAGGUAUAGACUUGUCUUAAUUCUCAAUUUUCCAUGUUUAUUCUUUAUAUAUGUACGGGUGGUACAGCUUUACUUUAUCUCAUUUCAAAGCCAGCAAUGGCAGAAAAAGCAUGUGUGAAACGCUUGCAGAAGGAGUACAGAGCACUCUGUAAAGAACCUGUUUCAAAUAUUGUUGCCCGUCCUUCUCCAAAUAACAUUCUUGAGUGGCAUUAUGUGCUGGAAGGGAGUGAAGGAACACCGUUUGCAGGUGGGUAUUAUUAUGGGAGGAUCAAGUUUCCUCCUGAAUAUCCGUACAAACCUCCAGGGAUCAGGAUGACCACUCCAAAUGGACGAUUCUUAACAGAUUCAAAAUUAUGCCUCUCUAUGAGUGACUUCCAUCCAGAGAGUUGGAACCCUAUGUGGUCAGUCUCAAGCAUCCUCACAGGACUUCUCUCAUUUAUGAUGGAUAAUACUCACACCACUGGAGCGGUAACUACAACUACUGCCGAGAAAGUACAACUUGCUAAAGCUUCUCUUGCUUUCAACUGUAAAAACUUGACUUUUAGGAAGUUAUUUCCAGAAUAUGUAGAGAAGCAUCAACAGCAACUUGCAUUGGAGUCUGGCUUGGAUCAGGUGUCCCAUGAAGAAAGUACCAGGGUCCCGGAGGAAUCUAAUGGAAGAGAUCUGAAUGCAGGGCAGGAGCUUCAACAAGAAAUGAGACACCGAAGGAGACUUGCUUUCCCAACUUGGUUGCUGGUACUGGUGGUCUCUGUUUUUGCUGCUGUGAUGACUUUGCCUCUCCUGCAGUUUUCAUGAUGCCCAUUGUUCUCUGACAAUUUUCGAGUCUCUUUUGAGUACUUUCUUUGAACUAUUAUGUCCAUAUGGUUUGUGUGGGGUCCUUGUGUUUUGGCCACAUUCAUCAUGGCCUGGUGUGGGCUGUACAAGUCUUUUGCUAAUAUUCUGAUGGACAUGGCUAUAAUAUUAUACUACUCCGUAGUAGUUUUCUUUUACUUUUUUCACUCAACUCUUCUUUUACCCGUUUAAUUUGACCUG